CCCUUGUUUAGGAUCACUGUCUUCUUCUAUCUCUAAAAUAUGCGGUCACCGUCAAGAACAUCAGGCACAUUGGUGGAAAUAGAGAAUAAUAGAAGAUCCAAUCAGGCAAGAAGGCUCCACUUUAAGAGAUCAUCAUCAUGGGCUGAUCUUCCGCAAGAACUUCUUGAGAUUAUUUCUAGAAGUCUGAAUAUAGUAGACUAUCAAAACCAUGGUCGAGUUUGCAGAAGCUGGAGAUUGUUUUAUUCAGAAUUUAAGCAGAGUUUUUUGACAUCUCAUUCACCACUUAUUGUUUAUUCAUCAGCACGAGCUAAGAAGUAUUGCCAUUUCUUUGACAUAGCUACUCGAAUGAAAUACAAGACUAAGCUGCCUCGAUAUCUUUGCAACUUCAAGUUCUGUCUUGGUGUUUCAAGUGGGUACUUAAUCAUGCUCUCUCUCAAGAAAAAAGAUGUUUCAAGGGCUUUGUGGGUUAUAAAUCCUUUUACAGGACAUCAAAUCCAAUUCCCUUGCAUGCCUCGGCCUCCUCAUAUUAAUGAUUGUCGUGACUCUGGCAUCUUCCGUAGCAUCUUUGCUUCCUUUGGAUCUCAAGGUCAAGAAUUUCUUAUUAUGAUUCUUUAUGAGCAUGACUCAAGCUUGCAGUUCUGUACUUCUAGAGAUAACAAGUGGAAAGAAUGCCAUUAUAUUAACAAGGGUUGGCGUCUAUUGGAUAUAGUUGUUUUUUAUGGUAGGAUAUAUGCUCUAGACAGUAACUUUCAGAUUGGGAUAUUCAACCUGAGAUCUUGUGAUCUAAGGUUUUUGGAACUGAAAUUUGCACCUCGUUUGUGCAGUUAUUAUGAUAAGUGGAUUAGGUUGGUGACUUCAAAUGAUCAGCUAUUUGUAGUUGAUCCUCCUGUACUUUACAGAAUUGACUUGUCAAGGAUGGAAUGGGUGAAGGUGUAUAAUUUAAGUGAUCAAGCUUUGUUUCAUGGCUAUGAUGACAUGAUGUGUUCCAAGGUAAUUAACCCAUCAAAGUGGGGAGGACAAACCAAUUACACAUAUGGUCUCUUUUUCGAUUCCAAAAGAUGUAGUUUAUACUCAUUUAAUCGUGAGGAGCCACAAAAUGCUAUUGCUAUUGAUGUGUUACGGAAUGGGGAUUAUAGUUGGUAUGCUUCUCCCAAAAUGUAUUCUUGGUAUUUUCUACACCAAUCAAACGGUAUUGAUAAUGUCAGGGAUGAUUAGUGGGGUGGUAUGUGGAAGAUUUUUAACUCAGACAAGGGAAUCCAAAGAGGGAGACAUUUACAAUACUGGAAAAGAAGAUUUCAGGGCAGUACACUGAUCAGCAAUUUUCUUAAUUCUUGCUGAGGUCAGUUUCCUGGAAAUUCCGUUUUGGGCAAUUAGAUGUGUCAAAGUCAAACUGCCUCUAUCUUAUAAAUGCGUUGUAGGAUAAAAUCUUGCUAUGUCGUGCAUUAAUUUUCCUUGGUUGUAAACUUGGGAAACAGUCUCAGUGUCCAGAGACUUUGUUAAUUAUGUUAUUUUUCUUUUUGUUUUA